AUGCCCGCGCCAGGCUAUGUCUUCCGCGAUGGCGGAGCCACGCCACCGGCCGAAGAGAACCCCGACUCAGAGUUUCGCCAGAGAAUCACGAAGGCUACGAACCCAGUCACCGUGGCGGCAACUUCCAAUGCUCCGCUGGCUCAGAACACAACCACAAGUCACGAGCUAGCAACAGGCGCCAAGGGCGACCAUGAAGUCGCAGGUGCUGUGCAGCGAGCCGGUAAGGAGGAUAGAACCAGCAAUCUCGGAUGGCAAGCCAACGGUGUGGACACAGAUACUUUGGUCGGCGGGCUUCCCAACGAGGAGCUGUGGACCCUGAUUAGGAGCCAGCAAAUGUACCAUGUCAAAGCCAUACCCGAACAACCUCCAGGGGGGCUGGAUCUCAACAUCGCAGAAGAGGAUGAGUUCUCUCCGGACAAGUUGCGAUCCAACAUUGAGCGGCUGUAUAUGACUGUCAUUGUCGGAUUGAUUGCAUUCGGGAAACACAUUGCCAGACUGAGAUCGUGGCGGGAACCUCGCCGAACCGCUUCCUUUGCAGCCGUCUACUUCAUCGCAUGGCUGUUCAAUUUCAUCGUGCCGACCCUGGUUACUAUGAUUAUCGUCCUCAUCACCGUCCCUAAGUCUCGAGACAUCCUCUUCCCCCCUGCACCUCUCGCUCUGGUCAGCCACAAGACAGGCGGUGUCCAGAAACCCAAGGCAGGAGUGUUAGGCAGUCAUGAUAGUGUCACGGGAGCGCCAGAGAAGCACAAGGGCGAAGCAGUUGAGCAAGAAGCAAGCAACUUGGUCUCUGGGAUUGCUUCGGUUGCCAUCUCCAGUGCUGCUGGUCGUCACGACCAGUCGAGCCCAGAUGAACAAGGUGGUAGCAAAACCCUUGACAAAGGAAUGCCUGACCCGACCAAGAUAGCCACGGCUACAGCCGAUGCCUCUUCGGCAGCCCAAGGCAGUGAUGCGGAUGCUGUUCAGGACAAGACCAAGCAGCCGAUGGAAGAGGCCGUCUGGGGCCAGGUGCGUCCGGUGAUGCAUGCUCUAGGGGAGAUCUCAGAUAUGUGGGAACGGUUCGCCAACGCUUUGUCGCCUACGCCGCCCUUCUCGCAGAAGAACCGCCUGCAGCUCGGCGCCAUCUUCGUGCCCGUCCUUCUGAUCUCGCUCGUCACACCCGCUCAGUGGGUCAUGAAGGGCUCAACCUUCCUCGUCGGCUUCGGAUUCUUCUCGGACCCACUGAUCAUGCGCGGCAUCCACUGGCUGAACGAGAAUAUCCCGGAUUGGCCGAAAUACCUCGAGAUCCGAAACACCCUACUCCGAGGAGUUCCCACAAACGCUCAACUUACCGUCACGCUGCUGCGCAUUGGCGAGGCAAAUCGUGCGCCUUUACCGCCGCCACCUAAGUCUCACGAGCCCCCUUCGGACAAGCCGGCCGAAAUCGACAAGCACGCCAUCACGGAGGGCGGCCUGGACACGUCCCAUGCGGAGAUUGAAGAUGCCAUUACUGUCGAUGAACCCGGCGGUACUGAAGCUUCUGAACCCCAAGACGCGACAAAGAAGAAGAAGGGCGGAUUCGGGGCGAAAAUCCUUGGCGCAUUCAAGACCACCACGGCUGGAGCAGUCGAAACAAAACUCACCACCGAUACGGUGAAGGCGACGCUAGGGUCGAAGCACGCGGCAGAGAAACUGGGCGUCUUGCCCUCGCGGACCGAGUUGAGGAAGAAGCAGAGGGAAGGACCCAUUGAGUUCAAAGCGCGAUAUCACGGCCGCAAGGGCGCCGUCUAUGUGGACAGCGCGGUUUCGCCGCCUAGCGGCAAGAGGCCUGCCUCGCCGUGUGUAUACUUCACGACGCACCUCGACGGCGACGAAGGAGUGGAAAGCAUGCCUCGCGAUCCUGACUGGGCAAUUUCCGUAGCCGACAUCGCCGAAGUCAAGAAGAUUGGUGGUUUGGGCUGGAAGGGUAAGAUCGUGGUCGGAUGGGCGACAGAUAGAGAAGUCAAAGACGGGAUUGAGAUUGUGUCCAAGGAUGGGGCAAGGUAUCGUGCCAUGGCGAUGAAGGAGCGGGAUGAGUUGUUCAACCGGCUCGUGGCGAUGGGGCAGCAGAUUUGGGCCAGUUAUUAG